AUGACGAUUCCGCAGAAUUCCCUCAAUAGCUCACCGGCUUUGAGCUCGCAGCUCGAGCACAACAGAGCAAAAGAAAUGGAGGAGCUUGUGAUUCCGACCAUUCACCUUAUAAUCCAGCAGAUCAAAGAUACAGACGAAGGCAAAAGAUCGUUGGGUGCCAGAUACGAGGAUCCUAAGAUACUGUAUUCGACUUUAAAUUUAGACAAGCUUUCGCUGGAAAAAGGAUUACGCGAAGAUGUCAAAGCCGCUGAGAAGCUGCUGGCUACGGUCAAGUCAAUCUUGGACAACUCGGUCAACACAUGGCAUCCGGGCUUCAUGGAUAAACUGUACGCCUCGACUAAUCCGAUCGGUGUGUUAUCUGAUAUCGUUCUUUCUGUGCUGAAUACCAACGCUCACGUUUUUACAGUGUCGCCAGCUCUGACCGUUAUCGAGCGCAAAGUGGCGCAGAAAUAUGCUGCUCUGUUUGGCUUCACAGGGAAAAACGCUGGCGGACUAACGUUCAGUGGUGGUUCAUGGUCAAACAUCACGAGCUUGCACAUGGCUAGAAGCCUGCUAUUUCCAGAAACCAAGGUGGAGGGCAAUAGGCAUAAAUUUUCAAUCUACACAAGCGUCCAUUCGCAUUACAGUGUUGAAAAGGCUGCCAUUCUUUUGGGACUUGGAGCUAAUAGUGUAUUCAAAAUACCUGUUGACAAAAGGGGCAGAAUGCUGGUGUCAGAACUUGAAAAGACUAUCCAAGAGACCAAGAACAAGGGCUACACUCCGCUAUAUGUGAACGCCACAGCCGGGACCACAGUUUUCGGCUCGUUCGACCCAUUUGAGGAUAUAGCUCCCGUCGCGAAAAAAUACGGCUUGUGGUUCCAUAUUGACGGUUCCUGGGGAGGGAACGCCAUUUUCAGCGCUAAUAAAGCUGGUCUUCUGGCUGGAUCCCAUCUAGCGGAUUCCAUCACUUCCAAUCCGCACAAAAUGCUGGGCGUCCCUACAACGUGCUCGUUUUUGCUUGUUCCCAACGACCGUGUGUUCACGCAGGCUAAUUCCUUGUCUGCUCCAUAUCUUUUCCAUAAUGCCCAGGAUGACAAUGAGAACUUCGAUCUUGCAAAUGGAACCAUGGGGUGCGGCCGCCGCGCAGAUGCUUUGAAGUUUUACCUGGGCUGGCUUUAUUACGGAACAAAUGGAUACAGAGAACGAGUCGACCACGCUUACGCAAUAGCCGAGUAUUUUACGGAAAGGGCCUCCCAAACUGCAGGGUUUACUGUCGUUAGCGACACGCCGCUCCAGUGUCUCCAGGUGUGCUUUUAUUACAACCCAGAGAACCAGAAGCUGACCGGAGCAGAACGCACUCACGUGACCAGGCAUAUAGCGACGCGGUUGCACGGGAGCGGGCAGUUCCUGGUGGACUAUGCGCCAAACCCAGACGAUGCAGCCAAUAAUGAGGACAAUGGGGAGUUUUUCAGAGUGGUAUUCAAUUCGCCAAUUGUGUCCAGCGAUGUGGUGGACCAGCUGAUAGACAAGAUAGUAGAGGUUGGCAAAACGGUGCCCAAAUUGGAUUAA